AUGACUACAACAAAUUCUUCCCAAUCCCGAUCUAAAAUAAUUUCUUCAAUAAAUAAUUCACCAACAGUUUAUCUCAAUAAACAAACACAAAUAAAAUCAUCUUCUUCUUUACAAAAUUAUAAUGAAAAUACUGAAAGUUGUUCUGGCCAUCCUUCCUGCCCAGGAGUUUCUUCUGUUCAUCAAAACCAUCAUCAUCACUUAAACAAUAAUCUUCGAACUGGACGGUCUACACAUUCUUCUUUUGAUGAGGGGGACCAUUCUAGUCAUUUAAGUAAUGCUGGUGGUGGGCCUUUACGUGAUACUUAUUUGACUGAGUUAAUGAAUGGGGCUAUUGCUCCUUUUAAAAAUAUUUUACAACAAGCUAGUUCAAUUGCAAGCACUCCUCUGCCCAAUCACCGUCCAUUCCAAUCAAUAGCCACCCCAGCAGUCGCUGCUUCGGCUGUCAAUACAGCUUCUGCUAUAAUGGCCGCUGGUUCACGUAUUGCCGGAGCUACACCUUUUGGAAAUAAUUUACAAAAAACUAAUGAUGAUAAUGAAGUUAUUGGAAGUGGAGGAAGAUUAAAUAAUAAUUUUGUUGGUCCAGCAGCCCUUAAAAGUAGCUGUUUUAACCUCGCAAUGUCUGAACAAAAUAAUAACAACUUUGUUUGUAAUACAAAUAUAGAUACACCUUUAACAGCUAAAUCAGAUAAUUUUGACCAACAAAAACAAAUUAUAAUUAUUGAACCUGACAAAAAAUUGGAAGGUGGGGGGAUUUUAAUUAUUUUGGAAGAUUUAUUGAAUUGA